AUGGCGGGUUCCGGCGUGGUGGCUGUGUACGGAAAUGGAGCAAUCGCUGAGAGCAAGCAAUCGCCGUUCUCCGUCAAAGUGGGCCUGGCCCAAAUGCUCCGCGGCGGCGUCAUAAUGGACGUCGUCAACGCCGAGCAAGCUCGAAUUGCAGAGGAGGCAGGCGCGUGCGCCGUCAUGGCCCUGGAGCGGGUGCCCGCAGAUAUCCGGGCCCAGGGUGGGGUAGCCCGAAUGUCAGACCCGCAACUCAUCAAAGAAAUCAAGCAGGCCGUGACCAUACCCGUCAUGGCCAAGGCCCGAAUCGGCCACUUCGUCGAGGCCCAAAUCCUGGAAGCCAUCGGCGUCGAUUACGUCGACGAGAGCGAGGUCCUGACCCUCGCCGACGAAGAGCACCACAUCAACAAGCACAAUUUCCGGGUGCCGUUCGUCUGCGGGUGCCGGAAUCUCGGCGAGGCGCUCCGCCGAGUCCGAGAAGGAGCGGCUAUGAUCCGGACCAAGGGUGAGGCCGGCACGGGGAACAUCAUCGAAGCGGUGAGGCACGUGCGGUCCGUGAUGGGGGACAUUAGGGUUUUGCGGAACAUGGACGACGACGAGGUGUUCACUUUCGCGAAGAAGAUCGCGGCGCCGUACGAUCUGGUGAUGCAGACGAAGCAGCUGGGGAGGCUGCCUGUGGUGCACUUCGCGGCGGGAGGGGUGGCGACGCCGGCGGAUGCGGCGCUGAUGAUGCAGCUGGGUUGCGACGGGGUGUUCGUCGGGUCCGGCGUGUUCAAGAGCGGUGACCCGGUGAAGCGGGGGAGGGCGAUUGUGCAGGCUGUAACCCAUUACAGGGACCCGGAUGUGCUGGCUGAGGUGAGUUGCGGGUUGGGCGAGGCCAUGGUUGGGUUGAAUUUGAAGGACGAGAAGGUGGAGAGGUUUGCUAAUCGGUCCGAGUGA